UUAUUGCCUUUUCUUGCGCCUAGAGAACCAAUCGGGAGGCUGACAAAGAAGACCUAGAAACGGAACAGAAGCGAUUCGAUCUCAGCCUGAAUCGAUCGCUCUUCUCCGGAGUUGGGAGUGAGAAAAGAUCAACGAGAGGAGGAGGAGGAGCGGCAGGGGAAGGAGAUGGAGACGGUGAAGAAUCUGCUGCGGCCGAAGCCCAAUCCCCAACAGCAGCUCCGCGAAUGGCAGCGCCGGCUCCGCCAAGAGUGCCGCAACAUCGAGCGCCAGAUCCGAGAUGUGCAGAGGGAGGAGAAGAACGUGCAGAAGGCGAUCAAGGAUGCCGCGAAAAGGAACGACAUGGCUUCGGCAAAGUCUCUUGCUAAAGAAAUUGUGAGAUCAAGGCGAGCUGUGAACCGUCUUUAUGAAAAUAAGGCACAAUUGAAUUCGGUCUCCAUGCACCUUGGUGAACUUGUUGCAACGGCUAGGACAGUCGGCCAUCUAUCGAAGAGUGCUGAGGUUAUGAAACUUGUUAAUAAUCUUAUGAAAGCUCCUGAGGUGGCUGCUACAAUGCAAGAAUUUAGCAAAGAAAUGACUAAGGCUGGGGUGAUGGAGGAAAUGGUGAAUGAUGCUGUUGAUACAGCUUUGGACUCCGAGGACAUAGAGGAGGAAAUAGAAGAGGAAGUGGACAAAGUGCUUGCUGCAAUAGCAGGUGAAACCGUGUCACAGCUACCAGAUGCUGUUAGGAAGGAGAAGAUGAAGCAACCUUCAGUGAGCACAGCUGUUGAAGAGCGUGAAGCAGUUGCCGAGGGUGCAGAGGAUGAAGACCUAGAUGAGAUAAGGGAACGACUUGCUAGGUAUCAAUCUGGUGCGUAAUUUUGGCUGCAUGAAGCAAUGGAUAUGUUAAGGAAUUAAAGCUUAAGCUGCUUUCCUCAUCUACAGAUUUCCCAGGUAAAUUAUUCGAUGAUCAUUUACUAUAAGUCAAUAGCGUAAAUAUAGUGUUUCUCAUGAUGAUGUUCCUAUUGUUCUUUGACACAAAUGGCACUGCUACCAAGCGAGACAAUAUCUCCUUAGAGAGAAACGUUCGCAAUCCAUUAUGAUCAGAACCUGGAGCCAGCGAUGCAGUUUGUAAACCAGGCAAGUAGUAGAUGAUGCGUUAUUAUCACUGUUAUAUUAAGAUGCAUAUUAAUUAAGCUAUUUGAUGUCUUUGCUUCGCGUUUAAUGGUUAAAUGUAUACAUACUGUAAUUUGCAUCUUUUAGAUCAAGGUAGUAAUAAACAGACGCAGUAGGAAAAUUGGCAUUCAGAGACUUAGAAGGGCCAGCUCUAUGCAUGCAGAAAGCUGCAGGAAACCAGACCAGGCUCCAAGCUUCAUAUAUUGGAACACAACGCACUUCCCAUAAUACAGUAUGUGAAAACUCUGCAACAUUAGCCACCAAGAAGAUUAAUAGUAAAAGGAUAUUGUACAGUAACUUUCGUGGUUACAUUAGAAACAGUGACAAAGAUAAGAAAGCACACAAAUAAGUCAGAUGUCAUCUCUACCAAUCCUUAAUGGCACAUCAUUUGAAUGCACAAAAUCA